GCCAGCAGCAACCACCUCCAGUACGUCGACGUCACUCUAAGGAAGCUUGUUGGCGUAUCCAUGGUUUCCUGAAUGUCUCAUCCCAUUGGCUCUGCAUGGGAGUGCAAAGGGCAAAGGUGAAAGUGCACGGCGUGUGGUGGCAACAGCGCCUGGAACUGCGGCCAUGUCCGGAACGGAUAGACUUACAGCUUGCAGCCAGAUAUUUCCGCAGACGCUUCAGUGUUAACAACGCGAUUUAGACGGAGGAUGCGUAUGCCGAUAACUAUACCUCUAUACUUGGAGAAUAAAGAAAUCGAGGAGGACGGACGUGUGACAUUAAACGUCAGUGCGGAUUGAAUUUAGCCGAAACCUCUUUGUGACGGUGGGCUGCUUGUGCGAUUUCCUUUGCGUGAAGAGCUAGCACCGUGUUUCCAGAUUAAUGGAGCUACUUCAAGUACUGGAGCCUGAAGACAAGCCACAAGAAUCAACCUGGUAUGCCCUGGUGCCCGCAGGGGAGGGGCCGGGCGAGAGGGUUGGCCACACCUGCACCUACAUUCCCGGGAAAGAUGGACACAAAGGGAAGAUUCUCAUUGUUGGAGGAGCCAAUCCCAAUGGAAGCUUUUCAGAUUCCUACAUCAUCGAUCUGGGUGCCCACGAGUGGGACAUGCCGGACUGGGAGGGCUUGCUGCCCAGAUACGAGCACUGCAGCUUCGUCCCCCAGAGCAGACCUGGCAGCCUCUGGGUGUUUGGAGGGGCGGAGCAGAAUGGCAACCGUAGCUGCGUGCAAGAGUUACAGAUGGGUAAAAGCACUUUGGUACCAAGCCUGGGAACAGCUCCAGUUCAAUUCUCUCUGACAGAGGCAGGUUCAUGGAGGAGUGUGAAAGUCUGUGGGACACCUCCCUCGGCUCGGACCUAUCAUACUUGUUCUGCCUGCAUCGGGGACAGGCUGUAUGUCUUCUCCGGAGGGGACCAGGGAGCUGCACCUGUCUCAGACUCCCAGCUUCACGUCUUCGACUCAGCAUCUCUGACGUGGUCUCAGCCACAAACUCAGGGCAAACCACCCUCCCCAAGACACGGCCACGUUAUAGUUUCUGUCGGCUCCAAGCUCUACAUUCACGGCGGCUUAGCUGGAGAGGCGCUCCACAGUGACCUGCACUGCAUCGACACCACGGACAUGAGAUGGGAGAGGGUGAGAACGAAGGGAGACGUGCCCCCUGGCUGUGCGGCCCACUCUGCGGCCGCCCUGGGAAAAGUCAUCUACAUCUUCGGGGGCAUGACCGCGGCCGGGGCCGUCAACUCCAUGUACAAGUUCCACAUCGACCGGCAGCGCUGGACCCUUGUCACGUUCGGCGGAGCCCUGCCCUCGAAACGCCUGGACCACUCCAUGUGUGUCGUUCCCUGGCGCCUGAGAGCCAGCGGUGACGUCUCAAGGGCGCUGGCAGACACAGGUGGCGGUGGAGACAAAGACGACCCGGCAGAAAGCUUACCCAGAAGACAGCAGGAGGAGAACAGCAGCCUUUCCAGCCCAGGGGAGUUUGUUCAUCUGUGUUUUGUUUUCGGGGGCAUGGACACCGAGGGGAACAUUUAUAACGACUGUGCUGUGGCUGUUCUUAGUCAGUAGAAAGUCUCAGUUCCAUAAAGGAAUUUCAGAACUGACCCAGUUUGUUCUGUAAUUUGUGAUUACCGCCCCCAAGGAUAAAAAUAAAGCCCUGUAUUAGAUACCAA